UUUUUGGUAUUAGCUAUCUUCCUUACACAUAAAAUCAUUUUACGACAACGUCAACAACUGUCAACUAACAACAACAUUCGUGAUUUCUCAUCUGUUACGGAACGCUUUUGACCUUGCAAAAUAAUAGGAAACAAUUUAAGUACUCAGUUUAUUUCUGUGCUUUUGUGUUUAUCUACAGAAAUUCCGCCCAUACCAGGCUAACCAUGGACUGGCGGACUGUGUUAGUGACCUGCGCCUUGGUGUUCUACGCUGAUGCAUUUUCGAAGUACGGGCGCACGUGUAAAGACAUAGGAUGUCUUAACAGCGAGGUUUGCGUCCUGGCAGAGGACCCCUGCACAUUCGGCCACAGCUCUAACUGCGGCACCUACCCAACCUGCAAGAAGAAGUCUCAAGUCGAAGGGUCACACUCGCAGCCUGCCGAGCCGCCAAAGCCAGCACCACCCAAACCUCACCCGCCAAGCGACGACUCCGUCCCCAACUAUAAACCCCCCGAACCCCCCACGGGAGGAGUAUCUUUCGGUGGCAACACUUUCGGCGGAAGUUCUGGAGGAAACUCUCCAUAUGGAGGCAAUUCGCCUUACGGAGGCAAUUCUCCUUAUGGGGGUAAUUCUCCUUAUGGAGGAAAUUCUCCCUAUGGAGGAAAUUCUCCCUACGGAGGUAAUUCCCCUUACGGUGGAAGCAACUCGGGAGGCAACUCCCCCUAUGGUGGAAGCAACCCAGGAGGCCAUUCUCCCUAUGGAGGCGGUUCGCCCUACGGAGGGAGUUCACCAUACGGCGGUUCCAGCGGGGGCCACGGAGGUAAUCCUUAUGGCGGUGGGUCCAAUCCUUACGGUUCCAGCUCAGGGUCGGGGGGUAAGAGUCCACUUGACAGCAUCCUAAACAGCCUCAGCAACUACGCGGGAGGCGGCGCUGGCGGCACAGCAGGCGGGGCUGGCAACAACGGCCUCGGCAAUAUCUUCGGCAACCUCCUCGGCAAUCUGUCUAAGAACGGACUGAGCGGCAUUCUGAACACCAGACCGAUCAUGGAGAACCCGAACUAUUCCUCAUACAGUUCUAAUUCGAGGAGUUCUAAUUCCCAAACUUAUCCAUCAGGAUACCAACAGAGUUACCAUACGCCGGACCAAAGCAGGAACUAUGAUAAGAGUUAUGCACGUCAUAAUGGUGCCACCACACGCAAGCCGGUCAGCUACGGGUGGCACGUUAGCGUGGCAUUGGUCUUGACGUACCUGACGCAUCGAUACAUGCCAACUGUAUUACAUACAUAAUUGUAAGAAUAAAACGGUGUUAUUUAUAUUUUAUUAAAAUGUUUAGUUUAUGAUUA